UAAACAGUGGAGCCUGGCUGUGAAUGAGUGUAUCUGUCAGUCUAAGGAAAGGGCUUUGCGCGAUAUGCACUAAAAUAUGAAUGUUACAGAUGCAGGAGAAACUGGAAUGAUCUGGCCAUCUACUGAAACUUGCUGAAGCAAACCGUUAUGACGUCUCUGGACCCUGUACUGUCCCAGGCGGAAAGGCUAGUCUGAGGGUACAGGAUGGCAAAGAGGUCAGCAGCAAAGCCUAGGAGACGGGGCUGGGGGAUUUAGUCGCUCCGUGCCUCUCCCGGCAGCCUGGGAUCCCCGUGCUGGGCGCUCCGCACCAUGGAUCCCCCGGGCUACAACUGCUUUGUGGACAGAGACAGGAUGGACGCGGCCGUGCAGGACCUGGGCCCCAAGGAGCUGAGCUGCACCGAGCCGCAGGAGCUGAAGCAGCUGGCUCGCCAGGGCUACUGGGCCCGCAGCUACGCCCUGCGGGGGAAGGUGUACCAGCGCCUGAUCCGGGACAUCCCCUGCCGCACGGUCACACCGGACGCCAGCGUAUACAGCGACAUCGUGGGCAAGAUCGUGGGCAAGCACAGCAGCAGCAGCCUGCCCUUGCCCGAGUUUGUGGACAACACGCAGGUGCCCAGCUACUGCCUGAACGCGCGGGGCGAGGAUGCCGUGCGCAAGAUCCUGCUGUGCAUCGCCAACCAGUUCCCCGAUGUGUCCUUCUGCCCCGCCCUGCCCGCGGUUGUGGCCCUGCUGCUGCACUACAGCACGGACGAGGCCCAGUGCUUUGAGAAUGCCUGCCGCAUCCUGGCCUGCAAUGACCCCAGCCGGAAGCUGGUGGAUCAGAGCUUCCUGGCCUUCGAGUCCUCCUGCAUGACGUUUGGGGACCUGGUGAACAAGUACUGCCAGGCGGCCCACAAGCUGAUGGUGGCCGUGUCAGAGGACGUCCUGCAGGUCUACGCGGACUGGCAGCGCUGGCUGUUCGGGGAGCUGCCCCUCGGCCACUUCGCCCGCGUCUUCGACGUGUUCCUGGUGGAAGGCUACAAGGUGCUGUACCGUGUGGCGCUGGCGAUCCUCAAGUUCUUCCACAAGGUGAGGGCUGGGCAGCCACUCGAGUCAGACAGCGUGAAGCAGGACAUUCGCACCUUCGUCAGGGAUAUCGCCAAGACCGUGUCUCCUGAGAAGCUGCUGGAGAAAGCAUUUGCCAUCCGCCUCUUCUCCCGGAAGGAGAUUCAGCUCCUGCAGAUGGCCAACGAGAAAGCUCUGAAGCAGAAAGGCAUCACCGUCAAGCAGAAGAGGCAGUUUGUGCACUUGGCGGUGCACGCGGAGAACUUCCACUCAGAGAUCGUCAGUGUGAAGGAGAUGAGAGACAUCUGGUCGUGGGUCCCCGAGCGCUUUGCCCUCUGCCAGCCCCUCCUGCUCUUCUCCUCGCUGCAGCACGGGUACAGCCUGACCAGGUUUUAUUUCCAGUGUGAAGGACAUGAGCCCACCCUCCUGCUCAUCAAGACCACGCAAAAGGAGGUGUGUGGGGCUUACCUGUCAACAGACUGGAGUGAGAGGAACAAGUUUGGAGGCAAAGUGGGCUUCUUUGGGACGGGAGAGUGCUUCGUGUUCAGGCUGCAGCCUGAGGUCCAGCGCUACGAGUGGGUGGUCAUCAAACACCCGGAGUUGACCAAGCCAGUGUCCUUGGAGGCCGCUGCCGCUCCAUCCCCUCUCGGCCGCCCCACAUCCUCAGACCCUGCCGACCGCCUCUCGCCCUUCCUGUCCGCGCGGCACUUCAACCUGCCCUCCAAGACCGAGUCCAUGUUCAUGGCUGGGGGCAACGACUGCCUCAUCGUAGGUGGAGGGGGCGGCCAAGCGCUCUACAUCGAUGGGGACCUGAACCGGGGCCGCACUGGCCACUGCGAUACUUUCAACAACCAGCCCCUCUGCUCUGAGAACUUCCUCAUCGCUGCCGUGGAGGCCUGGGGCUUCCAAGACCCCGACACCCAGUGACAGGCCUGCGCACGUGGGGACGGAGCUGUCACCGUGGAGUGGGGGUGGGGCAGUGGCCCCCUCUUCAUGGGGCAGGCAGUAAAGGAAGAACCCCCCCUCCGUGUGGUGGGCAGCAUGUGGGUGCAGCUGGGGCUCUGGUGCUGGGCUGGGAAGGGGUGCCCGGGCCUCAGCUGCCUGAGCCUUGCCCUACUCAGACCUACGCAGACUUGCUUGGACUCAGGCCCUGCUUCUCUGUGGAGCAUCCUGUGCCCAACGCCUGGAAGGGGCUGCAUCUUGCAGCCCCUGAGUCUUAGUCCCUUGGUGCGGAGGAGGUGGGGACUCCGAAAGGCAGAAGGAACCUUCCGGCAAGUGUGGGUGCAUGGCGCCCCCUGCUGGGGCCUGUUAGCAUGGCUCUGAACGGAGCCCUGAGGCUGCCACCUGGUGGGCUGCUGAAGGCCCCCUAGGAGAGACAGACGCCCUGGCGGCUGCCCCCUGUCCAUAUCCCCUCCCACUGUCCAGAGCUUCUCACCCAGUGUCCUCUUCUGGUGCUGGCCUCCUGUGGCCGCCUCUUGGACAGGAGCUGCAAGGUGAAAGAGGGAAGGGCAGGAUCUGGGCCCCUCCUGAGGGAGGGAGAACCGGAAUGAUGCAGGGCUGGAGAGGACGUUAUGUGUCCUCGUGUUUCAGAGCCUGACGCUCCUGCGGGGCCUCUCUGUGGGUUCACAACUGGAGAGGCUGCCCAGGACGGCCCAGGGACGGGCCCUCUGCCACUGACCCCAAACCCGCCAGCUGCAUUUCCACAGGCUUGUCCAGAGAAACCCAGACCCCUGGGGGUUUCUUCAGCCUUCCUCCUCUCUGCGGGGGAGGGGGGGGCCUCCUCUGCUCCCCUCGGUCCCUGCAGUGGCCCCAGGAUCCUGUCCAGACUCCUCAGCGUGGCAUGCUCGUCUUUGUCCAUCCCCACGGGCCCCAGGUUGCCGGGCCCCCCCUCCCCAGAUCCUUCCCACACGGCGCCUUCACCACAUGCCCCUCUGUGCGCCUCUCACAGCCCUGUGUUUGGCUACACAGUGUGGUGUCCUCGUGCUGCGGCCUGUCGCCCACUUCCCUGCCCCACCUGGCUCUGCACACGCCCUGCAGACUGUAGGGACCACGUGCAGACUUGCCAGGGGGUGCUGUGGGGAGUGACCUCCCACCCCAUGCCCUCCCUCAGCUGGUCCUGAGGGCCUGGGCACCCGGGGAGGGGGCGGGAGGGGGGAGCAGACAGACAGACCCCCAAGCAGCCGUGCUGGGGGCUUUGGCAGCCUGGGCCACAGGUGCUGGGGUCCUGGCCCCCACGUGGCUGCAGCCAGCCUCUCGGCGUCCCCACGCGUGAUGCCUCUGCUGUCUCCAUCUUGCUUGGUCCUCCUGUGGGGCACUGGCCCUCCUAGUUCAGUCUCCUCUGAGCCGGGCCGCCGUGGCGCAGGAGGAAGGACCAGGAGCCCUGUGUGGCUUCAGGCAAGCCCGUGGACCUGCCUGGAACCCAUUUUCCCCAACCGUAAAAAGGGGCCAGUCAUCCUGCACCGCUGUCCCCGUGGGACUGUUCAGAGGUUCUGAGGGGGACCGCGUGAGUCUCCAGUGAGUGGAGAGGUGCCGGAGGCAGUAUCGCAGUUCAUCCUCCACCCCGCCAACACACCACGGCAGCCCUUGCCCCCUCAGCCCCAGCCCUCCUGUGGCGCAACUUUGGUGUUCAUUAAACACGGUCUUGUUACAUGAACUCUGAGGGUCCAAGUCUGGUCUCUUCAACCAGAGGGGCCUCCAGGGGCUCCCCUGGGUGGGCAACCAAAUGGGGCACAGGAGGCUGCACCUUCACGAUGCCUGUCUGCGUCACCAGUGGAGUGUUGAGGGCCUUUGAAUACCACCUUCUGUAAGCCACUGGAGGUAUAUCCAAGCACCGUUUGCGUGGCUCCCUCUGCAAACUUCUGGAGCCUGGGGAAUUCUUUGCUGGUGAGUGAGUCUGGAGGAGUCCCUGUGGCUGCCCUGAGGCUCCUACCUGGCCCUCGAAGAAAUCCAGCCCAGCAGGGAGAUGAUGGCUUAGUCACGGGGUCUCUGUCUAUAGCGUGCGGUCUCUGUGUGCACGUGCAGCGCCCAGGUUCUUCCACUUUGACGUUGUCUCCCGAGCUGUCCUGCUGAACUAAAAGGUAUGUGACUAUCACCUUCAUGUCUAAUUCCUAUUUAUUCUUGUGCGAUGUCAGGUGUUCCCAAAUAGAACACGUUUUGUUAAUAUUCUCUGUUGUUUCUUCUUGAUUACCUAGAAUUAGCUUUUGAUGUUAAAAAUAGCCAAAUUUUUAUGGAAUUGCAUGAUGAAUUAUCACCCGUUUUUCUAGAAACAUUUAGAAGUUUAUUUUGAGGGGUGCCUGCCUGGCUCAGUUGGAAGAGUGUGCUGUGCGACUCUUGAUCUCGGGGUCGUGAGUUCAAGCCCCACACUGGGUGUAGAGAUUACUUAAAUAAAACUUAAAAAGAAAACAGAACAUAGUUUGAAUCAGUUCAUUAAAUUAAUUUGUUGAAGUGGACCAUAUGCGUUUAGGGCUUCAGAAUGUCAGUUUUUUAAAAGUAAUUUAUAAUACAAGAGUAAGGCAUUUGUAUUAUGAAUUUUUCAGAGUUUUAAUUGCUGAAUUGAAAUUAGUAUUUCAACUUUUCCUACUUUUAUAAGCAGGGUGCUUAAUUUUUUGAGUUUCUCCUGGCAACUCGUUGCAGAAAAUUCUGAAGAUUCUAGGCUUUCAAAUUUCUUAUCCAUUUCCUGAAGCCAUAAGGCCUGUAUAGUGUCUUUUAGUAUUUAUUAUUUACCAGAUUUGGGUUUUGUAACUUUUCAUUCUAAAUAAUUUUAGAUUUAUGGAUGAGAUGCAGAGAUGGCCCAGCGGGUUUCCAUGGGCCCCACCAAGCUUUCAGAGGCCUCGUACAGCACAUGUAUCCAAGCAGAGAUGAAUAUUGGGAUAUAAUGCUAUUAACCACAGAUUUAAUCAGAUUCCUUGAGUUUUCCCACAGCCCUUUCUCUGUACCAGGAAUAGUUUUAAUUUGUAUAGAUAUUUACAUUUUUAUUAAAUCCAGAGUGACUUCAGAAUUCAUAGGACUAGGGCUGCCUAGGUGUCCCAGUAGGUUGACCGUCCGACUUUGGCUCAGGUCAUGAUCUCACAGCCUGUGACUUCGAUCCCCACAUCCGGCUCUGCGCUGACAGCACGGAGGCUGCUUUGGGUUCUCUGUCUUCCUCUCUCUCUCUGUCCCUCUCCACCCCCUCUCAAAAAUAAACAUUAAGAAAAAAUUCACAAGACUAAACACCGGUCAAAAAAAUAAAUUAGCCAGCACACCCCCGGUCUCAAACAUGGAUGCACAUCUUGACUGUUUUCCUCGCCCAAAUGCCCCGUUUGCGUGGGGAAGUUACCCGGUGAAGCCAGGAGCACCAAGGACACCUCCCGAGCGCUUGACCCUGCAGCGUCUAAGUUAGGCAGGAAAGCGUGUGGAUCUUCAAAAAUAACCUGGCAUAAAACAGAAUCACGAUCUUCAUCAGGUUAGUGUCAGACUGUGCCCUGAAGUUAGGCACGGUGUCACGUGCUUCGCUGCUAAAGAUGAAAUGCCUCACACACUUGCAGACGUGCUCACUUGACCCAGCCGCGUGGAAUUUAACACUGUGUGUGCGACCGAAGGAGCAAAAUCAGUGGACACACGGUCACGCAGACACGCUGACCCAUGACGUGCCUCGGAGACGCACCAGCUGUUAAAAACCUGCUUCGGAUUGCUGAAUCCACAGCGUGUUCCCUAGUUGUCCAGUUAGUUUUGGGCACCUAGAAGCCAUUUCAUCGGUGAGAAGCACCGCUGACCGUGGGGGCCUGCAAGUCGGGUCUGGUCCGGGGACGCCAUGGCCGCGUGAAGGCCGGGAGUGGGCCCUGCUCGACCUCACGCUGAGGUGCGCUGACUCGCAGAGGACUCACCUCAGCAAAAGCAAGCGAGCUCACGACUGAAGAGGAGGAAGUCGUGUGGAUGAUCUUACCUUCCAUUCUUGCGCAGGCCGGUCAUUGGCUGGAAAAUGGAGCAUCUGAACGAGUGUCACAAAGAAUCGUGAGGCCGAGUGGAAAUACGCUGGCGUGUGGCGACCGAACGUCGGCUUUGCGGCAGAGUCUAAGUUGGGAAGAGUGAAAAUAAAGGAUUUUGUAACGUG